AGAGUUCUCUCUUUCGAACGUACCCAAAUUUAUUUUUAAUGCAAAAAAGAAAAGAAAAUCUCUUUCGAUGUAGUCGCGCGCGAUUCCUGAUUCAAUAGACACACAAUCAAAAACGUAGUGCAGUCGUGUUUGACGCAUUGUAAUCGAAUUUGUGGAUAUACGCUCAUGACCAACUAUAUACAUAAUUAACUUUAUACAUCUGAUAUCAAUUAAUGUUAUUUCACGCGAAAAAUCAUGGCGACACUAUCAACAUCGAGGGAUUCUUCUACGAUCAUUCAAUCCCCGCCGAGUCGAGUCCCUUUUUGAAAUGAUCACGAGAGAUUUUCGAAUGUAUGCUCGACUAUAUCCAAUUUCUCGAAAUGAGCUGCAAGUUGAUUGCCGAUCCGGCAAAGAUCCUCUCGCUAAUCGAGGAACUGUGCGAUCUACCAUAUACGGAGGUGCAACAACGGUUGAACAAAUACGUGCAGAAUGCAACAAAUGCAAAACUGGUCUUUCUCAUAUCAAUAUUGGUAGAGUCUGAGGAAAUGAUUAUUCAUGUGAUUGGCGAAGAAAUCCUGGACAGAGAAUUGAGAUUUCUUAUAACAAACAAUGUUUUAUACGAGGCUGUGAUUAAUAAAACAUCAUUAGUUUUGAGUGUUGCAAACCUUGAUGAAGAGUUAUUGACAUAUAUUAAUAGAAUAACAGAUGCAACACCACAGUCCCUCUUAAUAAUCCCGAUACAACAUCCUUUUAAACAUUAUACAGUUUUGCUUGUAUGCCUGGUAGGUUAUAUGGAUGGAGAUGAAGCUAGGCAUGCUUGUACAGAAAUAGUUCAAGAAUGUUUUAGAUUUACUCUUGGACAUUUGCUUAGUUCAUUACACUGUUAUGAAGAGACUCGUAUAAAACAACAAUGUCAAAACUUAUUAGAUGUUUCUAGGAAGCUCUUCACACAUUUAGGAGAUUUCUCUGAUCUCUUGCGUGAGAUUAUGGCAGAAGUCAGAAAAUUAACAAAUGCAGAAAGAUGUUCCUUAUUUCUUUUGGACCCUGAUCAACAGGAUUUAGUUGCAAAAGUAUUUGAUGGCAUUUCUACCAACGAAACUGUAAAUGAAAUGAGAAUCCCUAUUGGACAAGGUAUAGCUGGUCAUGUUGCAACUACUGGUAAAUUACUUAAUAUCCGAGACGCGUAUAAUCAUCCUCUCUUUUAUCGUGGUAUUGACGAAGCAACAGGAUUUAAGACUAGAAAUAUCUUGUGCUUUCCAAUACGGGAUGAGAAAGGCAUUGUUGGAGUGGCUCAACUAUGCAAUAAAAUAAACGGUUUAUAUUUUGAUGCUUUUGACGAACAAAUUGCGACAGCAUUUAGUAUUUAUUGUGGUAUAUCAAUAAUGCAUAGUAUUGUUUAUAAAAAGAUGCAGGAUGCUCAAGCUCGAAAUAAGCUUAGCAAUGAGAUAAUGAUGUAUCACAUGAAGGUGGAAGAAUCUGCUGUGGAAGCAUUGUUAAAUUGCAGGGAUGAUCACAAUAUUAAAGAUUUUAAUAAAUUCCACUUUAUUCCGAGGAGUGUACCUUACAAACAUAUGCCUUGUUAUACCAUUAAAAUGUUUACAGAUUUAUGUUUCCUUAAGUAUUGGAGAAUUAAAAUACCGACACUUGCAAGAUUCAUCUUGUAUGUUAAGAAAGGAUACAGAGAUGCACCUUAUCAUAAUUGGACACAUGCAUUUUCUGUGGCACAUUUUGCAUAUUUGCUGAUAAAAAAUAUGCGACUUAUUGAGGAACAUUAUAUGACACCUCUACAGGCUUUGGUGUUUUUUGUAUCAUGCUUGUGUCAUGACAUAGAUCAUAGAGGAACUAAUAAUUCAUUUCAAACUCUAUGUGGUACUGUAUUAGCGAGUCUUUAUAGCUCAGAGGGUUCUGUUAUGGAGAGACAUCAUCUUGCGCAAACAAUGUGUAUUUUAAAUACUGAAGGCUGCAAUAUAUUUGAAAGUUUGGAUAGUGACGACUACAGUGAAGCUUUGGAUUUGUUGAGGAACAAUAUACUUGCAACUGAUUUAGCUUCUCAUUUUCGUAGCAUAUAUAAGCAAGAAGUGAUAUGUGAUAAAUAUAACAAAGAUGAUCCAAAACAACAAAAGUUGUUAUUUGAAAUGCUUAUGACUUGUUGUGAUCUUAGCGAUCAAACCAAAGAUUGGAAAGUUUCAAAGAAAUCAGCAGAACAGAUAUUUGAUGAAUUCUUUUCACAAGGAGAUUUAGAAAAGAGCAUGGGCAACGCACCUGUGGAAAUGAUGGACAGAGAACGUGCGUCCAUUCCCGAUCUCCAAAUACAAUUUAUUACUAAUCUAGUCAUUCCUCUCUUUACUAAUCUGUCAUUAUUAUUUCCAUCGGCACAGCCUCUGGUUCAUGCAUUAGAACACAAUCUUUCCUUAUGGAAAGUGGCUAAGAUUGUUUUUCAAAAAUAUUCCAUGUGUGGAACAAAAGGAAUAGAUAUUUUGCUUGAUCCCAAUUUUGAAGACGAAGUACUUAAAACGUUUGCUCAAGGAAGUCAAUGUUUCAUGGAAAAUUCUGAUGAAUGCAGAGGAAGCACAGAAUGAUGCAUAAAAUAACAUCUGAGAGAAAAAAAUCAAGAUUUAAUGACAUUUAACUUGAAGUUUUACAUAUAAAAAUCUUGGUACAGAAUGAUAAUAAAAAAUUAUUUUUCAUAA